AUGCAGAUUCAGCCGAAAUCGGCACUCUUUUGUUUACUUUCUAUUCAAGUUUUAUCGAGCGUUGUCGCCGCCCGCAGCCGGUCAAAGGGCUCAAAGCAUGCACCCGCGAAGGAACCGUCGAGUCCCAGGUUCAUCACGGAGCCCGAGGGAGCGCUUGGACAGAAGGGCCACACCGUCAAACUCUACUGCGAAGUAUCAGGAUAUCCGUAUCCUGAAGUGACGUGGUUUUACAACGGUGUCCCCGUCGAACUGAACAACCGACGACUUAGCAAUGGCAACGACCUUAUGCUCAUUGACUUUGACGACUCAUUAGCUGGAUCUUAUUUCUGCGAAGCCAAGAAUACGCUGGGAUCCAUCAAGUCGAAAGAAAUCGAAGCGAAACUCAUCUUUUUCGAUGGAAAAUUCAAGGAAGAACCAAGAGCGACAGAAGGAGAUGCCGGGUCGGAAGUCCAAUUAACUUGUGGCCCUCCUGGUGGCUUUCCAAAGCCGGAAGUCUCCUGGUACAAGGAUGAACAACUGGUUACACCUGACAAUCGGCGAAUACGCACUGAAAUUAUGACGAACGGAAAGCACUAUUUGGUGAUCUCGAAGCUCAAAGAGUCCGACCGAGGAUUUUAUGUUUGCGUGGCGGAGAACUCUGUCGGAAGAAAUCAGACGGCGCCUGUGUAUCUUCGUGUCAACAAUCCUCCUUAUUUCUUCCAAACACUGCCAGAAUUCGUUCAAGUGGAGGCAAAUGUGGAAGCCGUCCUGCCGUGUCCGAUUUCCGGAGAGCCGAAGCCUAAAAUUACGUGGACGAGGCUGAACUCGAACCUGCCGAGCAAGCGCCUUUUCGGGUCAAAUGACGAACUAAGAAUACCCCAAAUGAGUCCUGAAGAUCAGGGCAUCUACAAAUGCACUGGCGAGAACUCGUUGGACUCCAUCAGUGGUCAAAUUGAACUUCGUUUAUCCUCCGGGCCGAAGUUCCUCUCUUCGCCUAAGAAUAAGACAAUCCGUGAAGGAAAAGUCGCUCGCUUCUCAUGUCGCAUAACUGCCAUUCCAGCGCCGAUCAUCACGUGGAAAAAAGCCUCCGACAUCAUCGUGAACGACCGCCAUUUUGACGUGAAAUCGAAUGGAGAAUUAACUAUUCAAAAUGUUGCUGAGAGUGAUGCUGGGGAUUAUACUUGUAUUGGAAAGAAUGAUUUCGGGCAAAUUGAGAAAACCGUCUCGCUAGAAAUCACAAAAUUUGACCUCAGAGAGCCUCCCGUCAUCCGUGGAGUAAGCUUUACAGAUGGAGCUGUUGCAUGUGAAAUGCAGAAUGCGAAUGAGAACGACACCGUCUGGAAGUUCAACUCGGAUAUUCUCCGAACGUCUGCAUUCUACACGCCGACCGAGAAUGGCACCUACUCAUGCUCCGUGAGCAACGACUAUGGCACGUCUGAAUUCUCCUUUGCUUUCCCUCUUCUUGACACAGUAUCUGGCAUCGUGCGCAAUCUCAAGUUACUGCGCACUCAGGCUGACGCAAUCAUCGUCACAUUUGAUGCUCUGAGUGCUGAGGGCGACGAUUUCAGAUUAUUCCAAUUAGACAACAGCUUAUCCAAGUUCAAGCCGAUAACAGAUCUCAAAUCUGACAAAAAUCUCAAUCCUGACGACUCCGUCACGCGCAAGUUCAAAGUUCAUCCUCAGAUGCUCCUUGCCGACGAAGGAAGCUUCCUUAUUCAGGACUUAUCGUCGAAUAGAUCUUCUUAUACAACAGGACUGAUAGAUUUGUCAGCUAGAGAGCUUGACCGGUCGAUUAAUGCAGAUGCACUUGGGAUUCGCCCUUCACGAUGUAUGCCUGGAGAAGGAUUCGUGGAGAUCUUCCUUGACUACUCGAGGGUCAUUGAAAAUGACUGCUCUUCUGGACUCAGCGUCGUUACUGAUGGGCCGGUGAGCGACUUCAAGAUGAUCAGUUGUGGCUCGAAGAAAACUAUAAUUGACACAAAGCAACGUGGAACCUUUAAAAUUCGCAUUGAAUCUCGCGAAAACAACGAGCUAGGCGCGUUUUUCAUCGUCAAGUCCGACGGCGGCAACUCAAUUCCGACCUGCAUCGAUCAAUUGAUCGAGUCUUUCAAAAGCAAAGUCAAUGUAGAGACACAAAUGGUCGAUCUGACUUGGACGAAAAACCCUCUCAUCGAUGAUGUCUUCAUUGAUUCCUACCUCAUAAUGUGGUCUUCGGUUGCCUUAGAAUCGACGAGUCCUGCUCUUCAAGAAGUAGAUGAUGGACUUAAUAGAGUUCAACAUUCAGAAGUUAUUCAAGAUGCGAAUUUCCGCUACAGUUUACCUCUCACUGCCGAACGAAACUACUCAAUAACUGUGACACCGCUCAUUUCGCUUGCUCAAGGGAUGCCAGCCAAACUAACAACAUCCCCUUCUCCUGACGAUUUCUUUCCAAACCUCGUGAGAUCGCCGCUGUUCAUCGCAAUCAUUUGUGCCGUUUCUGCAAUUUUCUUCAUCAUUGUUGGAGCUGUUGUUUUUCAUUGCUUUCGGGCGCCGCUUCCACCUCAUAAACGUUGUUACAGGUCGACAGAGCAUCACAAUGGAACUCGGACAGUUCUGACCAAAGGGACAACCUACGACGAACCGCAAAAUUGGAACGAGAUUCUCGGCCAGAACUUACUCCCUGAUCACACAAUGCCCAUUUCAAAUGGCAAUCCCUACUCUCGAGGGAAUGACCUGAGUAUGAGCUACUUAUCGACGAAGAAUGACGAUAUGAGAUCAUCUCACGCUGACUCGAUUAAUAUACAUCAUCAGCAAACUCCUGACAUUCAAUCAGCACAUUAUACUGUGGCCCCAGUUCAAAGUGAGCUCGUAAAACUCGAUCUCCUCGAAGGAACUUAUCUCAACAGCUCAAAAAGGCACUUUCAAUCAACUGCAAGAAGUCUUCCACCUCCACCUGCGCUGCCUAGUGCACUUCAAAACUCUUCACAUUCAAGCAGCAUAUCGGUGAUGUCCAACGGCGAUUAUCGGGACAGAUCAUCACCUCACAUAAGUUCAAAUCGGAUGACCUAUCGACCGCGUCAGAUGUCGAAUCCGCCCGCCCACUCUGACAGCGACUACCAAGAACUGGAGGUUGACCAUUAUCAAACAGUGCACACAAAUCGCUCCAGAAAUUCAAAUAUAAUGCCGUACUAUGAUAUCAACGAGUUCAAGCCUCUUUAUUCAAACCGCCCUAUUUAUUCUGAAAUUCCUACAACCAGUCCGUACUAG